AUGGCAUCACCACAACAGAGUCUCAAAGUAAAAAGAAUAGUGUGGACUUGUGCAAUUACAUCUAUUACUGCCGUGGGCGCAAUAUAUGGUGCUGGGUUGAAGACGCAGGGGGAACAUAAAAAGGAAAUCCGCAAGGUUCGCGAAGCAACACUUUCGGAAAGAAUCUCACAUCUAGAACAACAAAGAGGGGCAUUGGUAGCAAAAAGGAUAGGAUUGGAGAAGAAGAUCAAGGAGGCGGGAAUGAGGAGGGAUGGGGCGACGGUGGAGGAGAGUACGAGGGGGAUGGAGAGGAGGAGGGGUGAGGGGGUGAGGGUUACUAUGGAGGAUAAUUUGAAGGUUGUGGGGAUGGGGGCGGAGGUGGAUGAGAUCUGCCUCCACGGCAGUGGCCCCCGGAGGGCUAGCGGAGCGUCAUUCCACUCGAUUGAUUCUAUUUAUGGGGGCAAGCCCCCAAACCCCCAUAGCUCGCUACGCUCGAUGGCUUUGCGCUCGGUAACGGUAAAGGAGCAUACUUUUCAGAUGCAUUGGUUACGGAGGGAGGGUUCGGAUGAAAAGAGAUAUCAUGAGCUUCAGAUAUGUGGAGGAUGUUCACCACCUCAACGAACCGCUCACCCUUUACUUCAAAUACCCGGCCUUUUACCAUAUCGACCACGAAGUCGACCCGGAAUCUCCCUCCUCCUUCUCAUAGGCUCCGCAGCAGCAACGCCUCUCCAUCUGCAAAUCCGCGGCUAA